CUGCAGCCCGCGGGCAAUUUCCAAUCCAUCCAAAAGCCUGCAUGGUCAUCAUUCCAAAUGCAGAGUGUGGAGUCGAGUUUUAUCCUCUGUCAUUUCAGCCAAACAGGAAAUGCCUGGAGAUUUCCUCAUAUUUCUUGCGCUAACUGCCACUGAACUUUAAGAACUUGUCACUGAAACAAGUUGAAUUCAGACGGAUCAUUUCUCCCGGUCUCAGGUCAAAAACGCUCUCUCCCUGAUCUUUGAGCUGUUAAAAGAAAUCAACCAUGUUUUCGAAGCUCCACACCACUGCUCUAUUUCUGCUCGUAGGUAUAUUGCAACUGGCCAGAUCAUUUAAUGUUGAUGUGAAAAAUCCUUUGGUAUUUACUGGUUCCCAAGACGAUAUGUUUGGAUAUACUGUUAAGCAGUUUGAAAACGAUGAAGGGAAAUGGCUUCUUAUUGGCUCUCCCUGGGAAGGACAACCCAUAAACAGAACUGGUGAUGUCUACAAAUGUCCAGCAUUCAAAACCAGCAAUCCAGAAUGUGUGAAGCUAAACUUAGCUGAGUUUUUAACUGUUCCUAACAUCACUGAAGUUAAAGACAAUAUGACUUUGGGAAUGUCAUUGACAUUAAAUCCUAAAGCAGGCUUUCUGACAUGUGGACCACUUUAUUCUUACAAAUGUGGAGGUCUAUAUUAUGCAGCUGGUGCCUGUUUGAGUGUAAGCUCCACUUUCCAAGCUGUAAACACAAUAGCGCCUACAGUGAAAGCUUGCAAGUCACGGCUUGACAUUGUGAUUGUACUUGAUGGUUCGAACAGCAUAUAUCCUUGGACUAGUGUUAACAACUUCCUUAUAAAACUGCUGGAAAAAAUUGAAAUUGGACCUCAGCAAACCCAGGUUGGAAUUAUGCAAUAUGGCCAUCAAGUCACACAUGAAGUCAGUCUCAAUCAGUACAGCACAACAGAGGAUCUUGUGGAAGCUGCUAAAGAGAUAAAGCAGUGGGGUGGAAAUGAGACAAAGACAGCCCUUGGAAUUGAGUAUGCCAGGACAAAAGAAUUCACAGAAGCACGAGGAAUGCGAAAAGGAGUUUCAAAGGUGAUGGUUGUGGUAACUGAUGGUGAAUCACAUGACAGCUACAAUCUACAAAAUGUGAUUGAAAACUGUGAAAAGGAUAAAAUUCGGAGGUUUGCAAUUGCGGUGCUUGGCAGCUACAACAGAGGAAAUCAGAGUGCUGACAGAUUUCUAAAAGAAAUAGAGUUUAUCGCAAGUUCACCUAAAGAUAAACAUUUUUUCAAUGUAUCAGAUGAAAAAGCACUGGUGACAAUAGCAGAAGCCCUUGGAGAACAAAUCUUUGCUUUGGAAGCAACUAGUGACCAGCAAGCUGCCUCUUUUGAGAUGGAAAUGUCACAAGCUGGGUUCAGUUCACACCAUACAGAGGAUGGCAUCAUGUUAGGAGCGGUUGGAGCUUACGAUUGGAAUGGAACGGUGCUUUUACUAAAAAACGAUGAAUCCAUUAUCCCAGACAAUGAAUCAUUUUUGAACAAAUCAAAAGAAGUUAAUGAACCUCUUGCUGGAUAUUUAGGUUACUCUCUGAGCUCUGUCUCAGUUCCUGGGGAUGUGUGGUAUGUUGCUGGGCAACCUCGAUAUAAUCAUACCGGACAAGUUAUUAUUUAUACUUCAAAGGGAAAGAAAACAAGCAUUGUACAGACCCUGAAAGGAGAACAGAUUGGUUCAUACUUUGGCAGCACUGUGUGUGCCAUUGACGUCGAUAAAGAUUCGUUAACUGAUAUUCUUCUUGUUGGAGCUCCUAUGUUUAUGGGAUCUGAGAAAGAAGAGCAAGGAAGAGUUUAUGUUUACAAUCUGAGAGAGAAUGAGUUUCACUAUCAAAUGAUCCUUGAGCCAUUAAAACAGCAGUGUGGUUGUCACUCUGUCUCAGGUCUCCGUGCAGAGAAAUUCAAUGAGGUUACAACUGAUGAUCGGAAAUGCCCCCACUUAUUGAAACAACCAUGUGGUUCUCGUUUUGGAACAGCCAUAACUGCAGUUUCAGAUCUUAACCUGGACAACUACAAUGAUGUUGUCAUUGGGGCACCUUUAGAAGACAGCCACAAGGGUGCAGUCUACAUCUUCCAUGGAUCUGGCACAACCAUCAACAAAGAAUACUCACAGCGCAUCUCUGCAUCAGCACCAGCUGUUGACUUCAAUUACUUUGGCCAAUCAAUCGAUGGGCAAAUGGAUUUAAAUGAUGAUGGUCUAAUCGAUAUUACAGUUGGAGCACUAGGUGGUGCUGCCCUCUUCUGGUCCCGUGAUAUAGCUCAAAUCAGGAUUAGCAAACUGAAAUUUCAACCCAACAAGAUCAAUAUCCAGAACAAGAAUUGUGUGAUUGAUGAGAAGCCAACAGUGUGUAUUACAGCAGAGCUUUGUUUCAAUGUUAACCUGAAGUCUGGUAAACAGCCAUCACAACCAAUUGUUAUUGAAUACAACAUCACAUUAGACUCUGCACGCCGUACCUCCAGAGGGCUGUUUAGGAAAAUACAUGAAAGAAAUAUCCGAGGAAAUAUCACUCUACCUUUAUAUAGCUGUGCUGAACACAUCUUCUACAUGUUGGAUGCUCCAGAUUUUCUGAACCCCGUGGAGAUUCUGGUGGAGUUUGCAUUAUCAAAUCCAGAGGAAGGACCAGUUCUAGAUACCAGCUUAUCAAAUGAAAGGAAAGCUUUGGUAUCUUUCACAAAGGAUUGUGGAGAAGAUGAAGAAUGCAUCAAUGAUCUGACACUUACAGCACAAACAGACUUGAAGAAUAAUAAAAUGAAACCCCACAUCGUUCAAUCCAAUCAGAAGAAGUUCAGUGUGGCGAUUAAAUUAAUAAACCAAAAGGAAAAUGCCUACAACUCAAGAAUAACUGUGACCUUUUCUAAAAAUAUAUAUUUCACUGGAGUUGAGCAAAAUGAUGAUUGCAUGCCAUCAGAAUCCAACAAUGUGACAUGUAAAGUGGGAUAUCCAUUUCUCAUGCCUGGAGCAGAGGUUUCUUUUAAAAUGAAAUUUGAGUUCCAUACCUCUCAUCUCCUCAGUGAUGUUCACUUACACCUGGAAGCAACAAGUGACAGCAAUGAACAAAAUGAAACAUUACAUGACAAUGAAGUCACCAUCUCAGUUCCAAUAUUGUAUGAAGCUGGACUGCUCUUUUCAAGGACUAUAAAGGACGACCAUUUUAAAAUAGCAGCCAAUGAGACAAUUCCUGAUGUUAUUAAAACGACAGAGGAGAUUGGUGAUGCAGCAGACAUCACUUAUAUGAUCCACAAUGAUGGGGUUUUUCCAAUUCCAUACCUUAGAAUGACUAUAACAUUCCCAUACACCUCUCCUGCGAACAAUACUCUUCUAUAUUUGACAGGAAUUACGUUUUCUUCUAAUAAUACAGUCAGUUGCCUUGACUCUCAAUUCGUGGAUCCCUUGAAGAUACAAGCUAAAAACCCUCACAAACCAUCUCCAGUGGAAGAGUACUUCAUCAACUCAGUUGGGAUAUGUGAAAAUAAUGAAGGAUGUGCUAACUUCUCCUGUACUAUAUAUCCAUCAAGUCUGAUCAAGUUUAAAAUGUCAUUGAGAAUAUGGAAACCUUCUUUUGUUAAAGCAAAAUUUAAUUCAAUAGGCCUAAAUAUUACUGCUACACUCAAAAUUGAAGAAUCAUCACUGGUGGUACUAAACAAAACAACAGAAAGAACAAUGGUGACUUUAACUGUAUCGAAAGAAUCCCAUGGAGGUGUCCCAAUCUGGGUGAUUAUACUCAGUGUUCUUGCUGGCCUGCUGCUUCUAGCACUUGCAAUAUUUGCACUGUGGAAGGCUGGAUUUUUCAAAAGACCUUUAAAAGAGAAGAUGUGAGAAGUUCACAAACCAACCCUAGAAGCACAAUAGAAAACAAAAUCUUCUAUAUUACAACAAUCCAACAAUAUCAUGGCAGACAUAAUAAAAGUUGUAAAAUUGUGUUCAUGAUGAAAGUCAUUGACAGUGUCUUGCAUGAGAAAAAUAUUAUCCAAUCUCUGCAUUUGUUAAUAUUUUGUAAAUAUUUAACAGUUUUUCAAACUACUAAAAAUGUAUUUGUAUAUUUUAAACUAUUUGAAAUGCUUUAUAUUCUAUGCAUCAUUCAAGCUGAUUACUUUUAAGCAUCGCAAAGUUACACCUGUUCUCCUUUGGACAGUUAUUUUAAUUAUAACAAAUAAUGAUCACACCCCUUUUUGCUGGACUUCAAAAAGAUACUUUUCCUGGUGAUUGUAGAGUCUUCUUAGUAAUGUCAAUUAUAAAGAUCCUGCUCAGUUUUUAUAGUGAUUAUGUACUUUGACAGAUGCUUUUUCAUUUUGUAGAUUUAAAAUGGUUGUCAUAACAUUUUCCGCAUUUAGUCGCAAAUGUAAGCAUAUACUUAAAUCGAGACUUUUUUUAAAGAUGGCAGCUGAAUGUGAUCUUAUAAAUGGUAGCAGGUGUACAUACUCCAAAUUUUCCAACCAGUUUAUUUCUAGAAUAUUUAGAUCAUCAGACAUGUGAUUUAAUGAACAAUUGUAUAUAACAAGAACAAUAGGCAUUAGUACUGGGGGUCAGAAAACAAAGAAGUCAGAAAUGGUGAGGUAUAUAUUUUGAUAAAGUAAGAAGACAAAUUUGGAAGCAUGGAAUGAUAGAAGGCAAUAAAGAGCAAAACUGAAGGACUGAAGGAGGGAAAAUUAUCAUUCAGAAAUCUAGCAGGCCGUAUCAUCACAGCCUUGUGUCAAAAAUUCCAGAAAUCUGGUCCAGUGCAAGAUUUCUACUGCCCCUAAUCUACUGUCAUAGGGGAUUUAGAGAGAGACACAGAGUCAGCCUAGAUUAUUCAUUUAUACUUUACUGUGUGCUCCUGUAUUUCUGCAUGGAAUCUAGGUGUCAGAGGCAAGUAUGCCAUUUAUUUCCCACCCUUAAUUAUCCUCGAACUGAGUGGCUUGCUAAACCAUUCCAGGGCAAAGUUAAGAGUGAAUCACUGUGCUGUAUACCUGGAGUUACACGUAGACCAGACCAGGAAGGGGUAGAUUUCCUUCCCUAGUGGGCAUUAGUGAACCAGAUUUUUUUAUAACAAUUGGCAAUGGCUACACAGUCAGCAUUAGACUAGCUUUCAAAUCCGGAAUUUAAGUAAAUUUGAAUUCCACCAAAAGCCACCAUUAAUAAAAGCUGAAAGAACUGUGGAUGCUGUAAAUCAGAAACAAAAACAGAAACUGCUGGAAAAGCUCAACAGGUUGGGCAGUGUCUGUGGAAUUAAUGUUUCAGGUUGACUGACUCUACCUCAGAACUCACUGUUCUGAGGAAGGGUCACUCGACCUAAAACGUUAAUUCUGAUUUCUUUCCACAGAUGCUGCCAGAUCUGCUGAGCUUUUCCAGCAAUUUCUAUUUUUGCACCAAUAAUAGCUGGGAUUUGAAGCCAUGUCUCUGUAACAGCAGUCUUGGCAUUUGGAUUAGUAAUAAAGUGACAUUACCAAUAUGCCAGCAUCAACCAGCUAAAAAAUGUAGACUUCAUCUUGGCAUCUGAGCUGAGAUAAAGAACAGUUAUUUGACAAAAAUGGAUUUAAUAUUUUUAGGGGCAACACAGCAACCCAUAUUCUUCAAUGAACUUCUGACCUCUUAUUAAAGCGCCAAUAUAAUUUCAUUGUAAUCCAUAUGUUAAAAAGGUAAAAUCGAUAGUAGAAGAAGAUAAUUAGAAGGGCCAUAACCUGCCGUAAACUAGGAAGCAUGAAUUGGGAUGUUUAUUUCAUAAAUAUGAAUACUGGCUUCUCAGUGAGACACUAGUACAGCACAGUCUGUGGAGAAACAGGGCAACUCUCAUUACAGCUUUAUAUCUAACAGCACAUAUAUCUAUCACCGUUAUUUCUACUCUAUUUUAUGGCUUUUAGUGUACUACUCCACAAAUUGCUCACCUUUCAAUUAUAUUUCUCUUAGGAACAAAAUAUUAUAAAGUCAACUUUCUGAUCUGUUGCCGAUGAAGAAAUGUUCACUUUCCUGGAUAAAAGUGUCGGGAUAGAGCAGUAGAUUUGAAUUGCUUAGUCAAUGAGCUUUCCCUGGGGGCAGGCCAAAGAUUUACUCAGAUCUAAAUUUAAAAUGAAGACAAAGGAAAAGGUAUAACCACAAAGAAAUGUGCAAAGCAGAGCCAUUUUUCACCUCAACCACAGUAGAUGCAGGAGAUCUUUAUCAGCAGGCUGAAGAUCUGCAUUUGAAGCAAAAGACUGCAGUCCCAUAACCAUCCACUUUGUGGCCAAUACAAGAAGUCAGACCACAUGUUUUAAAAGAACAUACCUUCGAUCCUUUAUUACUUUUGCAGUUUUGGUGCAACCAUUCUUUAAACACCUCUUAUUGCCAUUUCUUUGAAGUUAAUGUUUGAUGCAUGAUCACAUCAAUAUCACAUGUCACACGCUAUCAUUCAAAAUCAAAAUUAACCCUUUUUUUAAUUUGCAAUUGUUGUUUUCAAAUUGUUAGUGAAAUGAAAAUAAUAAUCUCUAUUUCAAUCGAAUUGUGAAUAUUUUGAUGCAGAUAUUGUUUAGUCUUUAAAGAUUAGUUCUGCCUACAGAUCUCAGUCAAAUUUUAUAAGAUGAUGUAAUCCCACAGUGCAGGCUGAUGUAUAUUAUUACUUUUAUUAUCAUGUAUACACUGUAACUUCAUGGUAGACUCUGAAGUUUUAAAUACGAGAUGCAAAACAUGGCAUCCUAUGCGAAAUGUACCAAAGUAAUUGACGUGGUGUUUACAUUCAGGUUUAAGAUUAUACUGCGCACGGUGCAAAAAGAAAUCUUUCACCUCUGCCCCGAGGGUGUAUAUAUUGUCUGAAGAUGGGCAUACCAGAAUGCAGUAUACCAAAGGAAGGCGAAUAAAUGGACCCUGUGCACUGCCAUUUUGAUUUCUAGCUGUAAACAGGGACAUCUAUCUAGGAUGAAGGUUCAGCAAGUAAAAUAAUUUUCUUUUGCACAAGGCCUUAACUCCUGGAUCAAAUAAUUUUAAAUGUGAUCUUCAACUGAAUCACUUCUCUAGUGUAAUGACUUGGCCUUGUCAUACACAUUAGACAGCUUGUUAUCACUUUAUACCAAAUGUAUAUAAAUGUUAGUUAAAUUUAAGAAAUGUUUAACUUCAAGGACCAACAGCACUGUUUAAUUCAAAAAGGAAGGCAGGGAAUUUCCUUGGAGCUGCCAUGACUUUGGCUAUUUUUGUAUAAACAGACUUUAUACUUCUUGUAUGCAAGGGAGCAGGAAAUAACACUGAGAAUAUUGCCAAGCUGCAUCCAUUGUUUAAUUUCCAAGAGUGAAAUGUUUCCUGUCAAUAAAUUGAUUUAAGGAUGUUUGCAUGAAAAUAGAAUGGAAAAAUCUUUUUUAUUUGUGCUGAUGUGUUUUUUUUAAUAAAAAUCGUAACAUAG